AUGCUGGAAGAGGACAAGCUGGGAAGUGUCUACUUUAUGCCAAAUGAUUUUAAGGACAGCUUGGGAGGUGCAAAAAAGAUGAAACUUACUGGGCAGAAAAGGUCUGUUCCGGCUCCUACUCAAGGUCCCACCAGUGCUGGGGCUGCAGGGCCACCUCCUGCUACCAAUGUGUCAAGCAACAAACGACUGCAGCAGACUCAAGCCCGGGUGGAUGAGGUGGUAGACAUCAUGAGAAUGAACGUGGACAAGGUGCUAGAAAGAGACCAGAAGCUAUCAGAGCUUGACAACCGGGCAGAUGCAUUGCAAGCAGGUGCCUCACAGUUUGAAACCAGUGCAGCCAAACUGAAGAGAAAAUACUGGUGGAAGAAUUGCAAGAUGAUGAUCAUCCUUGGUGUAGUAUGCGCAGUCAUUCUCAUUAUAAUUAUAAUUUAUUUCUCCACUUGAAAAAGCGAAGAAGGAAGACUUGGCACAACUUUGUUCAUAUCAACCAAUGAUAUCAGUGUUCCUUUGUUGA